CCGGCAGUUGUUUGUCCCUCCGCCCGACCCGUCGCGGGACGCGGAAGUGCGCGCCCGCUUCCGGUCUCUGCGCAGGCGGCGGUUUCUGUUGGAGCGCUGUGAACCCGGCCCGGAACCAUGCCUCGUAAGAUUGAGGAGAUUAAAGAUUUUCUGCUGACAGCCAGGAGGAAGGACGCCAAGUCGGUCAAGAUCAAGAAGAACAAGGACAAUGUGAAAUUCAAGGUGCGCUGCAGCCGGUACCUGUACACCCUGGUGAUCACGGACAAGGAGAAGGCCGAGAAGCUGAAGCAGUCCCUGCCCCCAGGUCUGGCGGUGAAGGAGCUGAAAUGAGCCGUUCCCCGGGGAAGUUUCUCCGUGUUUGUUACAAUAAAUAAACCCCCAAACUCUUCCCCCCA